AUGUCCUUGGACUGCUGCAUGGCAGUCUCAGCAGUGGACGGGAAUUCCACCCAGCCCCAAUGCAUGAUGGCCGUGUUGGUCGCCGAACGACUGCAGUGUUGGGAGUGUCGUCGACGCCGUCUGGUCUGCGAUAGCACGCAACCUGUAUGCACCAAAUGCCAAGCGGCCCGCAUCGUGUGUCCCGGAUAUGCAGACAAAAAGCCGUUGACAUGGCUUGCCCCUGGCCAGGUCAUGUCACGCACACGGCGGAAGAAGAACCUAAAGGCUCCCAGCUCAAAGACUUUUGCACAAAAGGCGUGUAACUCGAAUGACAUCAAGAGUCAAGCCGGGCCCUCGGCGACAGCUGGUGGCUUGAGAGGAGCCUCCAUAGCACGGAGUGAGAGCCAAGUGAACUCGGACUCGCAGGAUAUUGAAGUCGGACGCCCUGUCGAACUUCGGCCUGAGAUUGUUGACGUCUUCGAGGCCAUUCUGUACUACAACGGCCACAUCUACCCUGAGCUAGCUAAAUGCCAACUGGCCCCUACUGGCUUUAUAUUUCCGAUGCCCCCCCCAACAGGCCUUCCCGCGGCCAUCGUCCACACCCUAGUCUCAAUAGUUAUCAGCGACCGAAUCAUCCAGGUGGCAGAUGACCCUACAUCCGGUCAGCUCGUCAAACCAAUGUGGAGUCGUCUCUACAGUCAUCGCGAUAUCGCGAUACGGGAGAUCGCCAAGCUCGUUGGCAAUGAGACCACUCGGAAGAGCAUUGUGACCGUUGUGUCCGUCUACACCCUCUUCUUUGCCAUGCUUCAACAAUCCUUCACGCCCUGCUGGCGGACCCACAUCGACGCCUACCUGAGCCUAAUCAACGUCUGGGGGCCUUUCGCGGACGUCAUGCGCGACAUACCUGGCAUGAAGCUCGGCAUGAUGGCACUGUUCAUAACCAGCGUCCUAGCCAACACCACCAGCCCGCGCAACGACCAACUCCACCUCACCUCCUUCCCGGAAACCCUCCGCAUCGCCGAAACCUACUACACCGAAGUCUACUACCCCUCCAUCAGCUGCCCGAUCCCGCUCUUCACCGUCAUCAUUCGAAUCAACGACUUACGAACCCGCCAUCCAACGCCCUCUCCCGAAACAACCCUCGCCGCAACCCAGCUCCUCGCCCGCAUCGAGUCCUUCUCCCCCGAGACCUUCACCGCGGCCAAAAAAACCUUCCAGCCCGAAUGGCGCCUCCUCAGUGGCAUGUAUCACGCGGCCGUCGCCCUCUACGCCAUCCUCUCCCUAGAGUCCUCCGGUGCCCUGCCGUCCUCGUCGACCGAGCUGGACCUCGCGCGGGCGCGGCACGCGCGCCGGCUGUUUGCACUGCUGGAUGAGGCCGUCACCGUACCCGCGGCGUGCCGGCGCAUGGCGUGGCCGCUCAUUGUCGCCGGCGUCGAGGCCGCGAGGGCGGGCCGCGAGGUUCAACGGUGGGUUGGCGAGAGGCUGGCGGAGCUGAGCCGGUACCAUGGGUCCGCUACGCCGCGGGUGGCGAAGAUGGUGUUGGAGGGGUUUUGGGCGACGGGCGAUGAGCGGACGUGGGAUCAGUGUUUUGCCGAGCCGGUUUGUUUGGUCUGUUAG